AUGCUUAGAUCGGUCUCUACUCGAUCAAAUCUUCUCAAAUUGAGAAACAUUCGUCUAAUCACGACGAAAACCCCAAUUCUAAAUAAUGCCACCAUCCCUACUUCGUCACAAAUAGAUUUCGUACCAUUACCAUACAUACGAACCCAAUCUGCUGAAACCAGCAAAAAUAACAUUACAAGUCUGAACUUCGAUAACCCAUUUAAUAGUUCACAGACAAAUGCUAUGGUUACCAUGAACGAGAAAAGAGACAUCAUGUCAUUAUGGUCGCUUUUGGAAGCAUGCAUCCAAUCAAAUUUCAAAGAUAGAGCUUUCUCGAUACUAAAAUCGUUGUAUUCUAUAAAAUCAAAUAAACCGAAUUUUAUAGACGAUUACAAUUAUUAUUUCAAUUCCAUUUGUCAUGAAUUCACAGAUAUUAAAUUGAUGAUCGCAAAAUUAAAUGAUGAUCUGAAAAACCAUUUUAUAGACGUUGAUUAUAAUGAUAAAACUUUGGCUAUUUUAAUUCAUCAUUCUUUAAGAAUUACCAAAUCAGACUCUCCAGAUUUGACUGAUCAUAUUUUGACAUUCUUCAGAAUGAGCAUAAAAAACGUAAGAAACAUCUGCUCAUUUGUUGAUAUCCUAACUUUAAACGAUUUCGAAAGGUUACAUAAUGACCUCCAAUUGGUUAAAGGAACUGAACUCCCGAACAGUAUGAAACAAUUAAUACUCCAUAAUGAAGAAUUAUCAGAAUCUAAGAAGAAUAAUGGCACCGAAACUGAUAGAGAACAUAUGAGUCUAAAUACCCAAGUUAAAACGUUAGAAAAAGAUGUCUCCAAAUUAUUGGACGUAGAGACUAUCGGAAUGAAAGUGGUCAAGCAUACUUUGUUAGGUUUAUCCUUAACAAAAGAACAAAAAGAAAAAAUUUCCAGACUCUCAAGCGAUUCUAAUAUACUAAAUUUUGAUGAAUCUAAGACGGUAGAUUUUUUCGAAUUUUAUAACUCUCUACCAACAGAAGAAGAACAAGCCAAAUUUGAAAGUAUAUUGAAUGAAUUUAAUCAAGAGAGACAGCAUGCAUUGGAAUUGAGAGCAAGUGAUGCGGCAAAAGAACGUUGGAAGCAUGAUUUCGAAGAAGCUAAGGCUAGAGGUGAUCUUUCCAUAAAGAGAUCAUUAAAUGCAAAACUCUGGAAGUGGUAUAAUGCUAUGUUGCCACUGCUAAAAAAGGAAAUUAAUUUGUGUAGAGCUGUCUCAGAAAAGUCAGCGGCUAAUAAAGAAAGGCUUCCCAAGGCAGAUUCAAAAAGAUUGGAGUACGCUCCUUAUUUAGCACUUGUGAAUCCAGAGAAAAUGUGUGUCAUUGCCAUAUUAGAAAUCUUAAAACUUAAUUCUACAGGAGGUAUCAUAGAGGGGAUGAGAACAGCAAGAGCUUUGAUAUCUGUUGGUAAGGCAAUUGAAAUGGAAUUCAGGUCCGAACAGUUAUUAAAGAAUGAAUCCUACAUUUUUAAGGAUGUCAAUAAGAAGUCACCAGAAUUCAAAACAUAUUUAAGGAAAGCCAAGAAAUCGUUUAGAUCGUCUAAGAUUGAACAAGCUAAAAUCGUUUGGCCUCAAUCCAUAAGAGCAAAAGUUGGAUCCAUCCUGGUAUCCAUAUUAAUCCAUGUUGCUAAAGUUGAGAUCGAAGGUAUAGAUCCAAUAACACAUCAAAAAAUCUUCGGUACUGCACCUGCAUUUUCUCAUUCUUAUCAGUACCAUAAUGGAUCUAAAUUGGGCGUUAUCAGAAUUCAUAAAUCUUUAGUACAACAGCUAGAUGGGGAACGAUUAAUGGCAUCUGUACAGCCACAAUUAUUACCAAUGUUAGUUGAACCACGUCCAUGGGUCAACUGGAAAUCUGGGGGCUACUAUUACACACAGUCCACCCUGGUAAGAAGCAAGGAUUCACCGGAACAGAUUGCCUACUUAGAAGCAGCAUCAAAUGUGCAGGCACUUGAUAAAGUUUAUGAUGGUUUAAAUGUUCUUGGAGAUACGGCCUGGACUGUCAACAGAAGAAUCUUUGAAAUUAUUUCAAAAGUUUGGAAUAAAGGUGGUUCUUUUCUAGAAAUUCCAGGUAUUCAACAGGAGUCUGAGUUUCUUCCGCCCCCUCCCAAGAAUGCGGACCCAUCUGUCAUCAACGAAUGGAAGAAUAAGAAUAAGAUUCUAGCCAACAAAUAUUCUUCAAAUAGAUCAAUGAGAUGUGAUUUGAACUAUAAACUAGAAAUAGCAAGAGCAUUCCUUGGAGAAAGGUUCUAUUUCCCCCAUAAUUUGGAUUUUAGGGGAAGAGCCUAUCCUUUGUCGCCACAUUUCAAUCAUCUUGGUAAUGAUAUGAGUCGUGGCCUAUUAAUUUUCUGGAAGGGCAAAAGGCUUGGAAAAGAAGGAUUGAGCUGGUUAAAAGUGCACUUGUCCAACCUAUAUGGUGUGGACAAAGUUCCUUUAUUGGAAAGAGAAAAUUUUAUCGACGAUCAUUUAGAGGAAAUAAAAGACUCUGCAGAAAAUCCACUUAAUGGCAAAUAUCUUUGGUGGCAAAAAGCUGAUAAACCAUGGCAAGCUUUGGCGACCUGUAUUGAACUGAAUGAAGCCCUCAAGUUAGAAAAUCCUGAAGAUUUCAUUUCUCAUCAACCAGUUCAUCAAGAUGGUACAUGUAACGGUUUACAACAUUAUGCAGCCUUAGGUGGUGAUAUUGAAGGAGCUCAACAAGUGAACCUGGUACCUGGUGAAAAACCAAAUGAUGUUUACGCUCAUGUGGCAAAAAUUGUUCAAGGGAAAUUACGUGAGACAUUGCAGAAAGAUCCAAACGAUGAGAUGGCAAAAUUUUUAGUGGAUAAAUUAAACAGAAAAGUAGUCAAACAGACCGUCAUGACACAUGUUUAUGGUGUUACGUUACUUGGAGCUACAUUACAGAUUGAUAAACAACUAAAUGACCUUUUCGAUGAUUCUAGUGAUUCGAUGAAAUAUUCUAAAUAUCUUGCAAGACACGUUUUUGCUGCUAUUCGUGAAUCCUUCGAAGGUGCACAUCUUAUUCAAGACUGGUUGGGUGUUUGUUCGAAGAAGCUUUCCAAGUCCAUACGAUUAGAUGUUGAUGAAAAAUCCUUUAAAAACGGCAAUAAGCCUGAAUUUAUGACUUCCGUCAUUUGGACCACUCCAUUAGGGUUACCUAUAGUUCAACCAUAUCGUCAAUUGAGUAAAAAACAGAUAGAAACGAAUUUACAAAGUGUAUUCAUCAGUGAUCCAUUCGCAGUCAAUCAAGUAAAUGCAAGGAGACAGAAAGCGGGCUUUCCUCCUAACUUUAUCCAUUCUUUAGAUGCAUCUCACAUGCUUUUGUCAGCAAGUGAAUGUCAUAAAGAUGGAUUGGUAUUUGCGUCAGUUCAUGAUUCUUAUUGGACACAUGCAUGUGACGUUUCGAAGAUGAACAAACAUUUGCGAGAACAGUUUGUGAAACUACAUGAAGUUGAUUUAAUUGAAAGGUUGAAGGAGGAAUUUGACGAACGUUAUAAAAAUUACGUUGAGAUUAUUGAAAUCAAUAAAUCGAGUAAUCUGGCUAAAAGAAUCGUAGAAGUAAGAUCUGACCUAUCCAAGAAAUUGAGAAGAACAGUAACUUUAGCUGAUGAAGUUUAUUUUGAGAAACAAAGGCAAAAACUUUUAAAUUCCAAUUUUGAAGAUGAUGUGAACCGGGGUAAGAAAAUGAUAACCACCGUUUCGUUAAUAGAAGAAGAGGAAAAUUCAGCUUCAUUGAAAGUAAAGCCAACAGAUACUAAGAAAUUAUUGAUCCUGGCACCGUUGAAAUUACCAGAUAUUCCUCCAAAGGGAGAUUUUGACGUUGAGAACGUCAAACAAAGCACAUAUUUCUUUUCUUAG